UGGAAUUUUAGAUAACAAAGAAUACUAGACUUUGCAUUAUUAGUUUAAAAUAAAAUUUGUUUCCUUUCGACGCGGGUUACACGUGUCGUGUGAAAAACAGGUUACGAUAACUGUACUAUUGACAUUCCUUAUAUACAAUGGCAGACGCAAAAGACCCACCUCCAGCAUAUGAGGCUGUGCCCACGGAGAUUCGGGAAUAUCACUCAAGCUAUGCGCCUACAGGAAGAAAAAUCCAUUCUUCAAAUUCUGUUGUGGUGGUAAGCCAGCCGACGCAGAACAUGGUGCGCGUGGUGCAGCCCCGUUCUCCAGAUUAUACUGGUUUGGCAAUAUGUUCUUGGCUCGGCUUUUGCUGUCAAUUAGGACUGGUGGCCAUCAUCUUUGCAACCCAGUGGGCAAUACGAUGCUGCCAAGUGGAUUUCGAAUACAACACUGAGAUUCAUCAUUACUAGCAUCAUCGUUGGCAUCACUUGGAUCGUAGUUGUGAUUAUAGCCCAUCGAAGGAGCCCAUCGAAGCUUUUAAGCAUGGCUGAAGUGCCAGUUAAUGUGUUCUGUAUACAGACUUGUCUGCAGAUUGUUUCUUGCCGUGUAUUUUGCUAUUUGCACCAUUAAAAAUAUAAAUUA